CAGAAAAGCACUUUCUCAGCAGCAUUCUCUUUCCUAGAGCUCAAGAAAACCAGAUUGUUUUCAGUGCAGCAAUAUUCCCAUCUCCAUCAUCCAACACCUCUUAGUCUCCAUGUCGAGUUUGUUGUAAUAAAAUCUCUCUGACCCAGAAACUAUAAAUAGUUGCUUGUUUAUGUAGCAAAAGGCAAGACUAGUGCGAGACAGAAGACAUCUGAAAGCAAGAACAGCUUUGCAGAGGAAUUAAAAUCAUCACAAGACUUUGUGGUGGAUGCUGUUGGUAAAUAUAAAUAAUACAAGCGAUCUUUUAGAGCAAGAAGAAAAUAACAAUCAGCAUGGAGUUUACCCGGCGUUACCUUCCAGUGGACUGGGAAGAGCGAUGGAGGAAAGAGAAGGAGAGGAAGAAAAAGGUGAUUGAAGAAGGUGGAGCAGGGGUAGAAAAGGAUAACCGUGAACUGAGGGGGAUUGUUGCUUACAAUGACUCCAGGAUGGGUCUGAUUAAAGGGAGCGUGUCCACGGAUGCGUCAGAAGAAAGCAUGAGUGGGACGAGUCAGGAAGCAUCUGGGGGGCAUGUGAGUGAACAGGCUUUUCGGGGUGAAGGGAACAUUUUUCACUUUUGCUGCUGCAAAGUUUUCCCCAAAGACGUUUUUGUUACUCUGAAAGACUUCAAGAAUUCAUCCCUUCUGACCGACCUGAGUCUGAUGACUGAUGAUGGGAGCAGCUUGGACGUGCACUCUGUUGUCCUGGCUGCUGUCAGCACCUUCGUUCUGGACAGGCUGAAGGAACAUUUAGACAACACUCACGAGGAAGGCUUCAGCAAGUGGUCAGUGCUCCUGGGUGCUGAGGUCGACCGUGUCGGGCUUCAGGCGGUUGUUGAGUUUGCUUACAGCGGAGAUGUGUCAUCUUUAAACAAAGACAAUUUUACCAAAAUAAAAGCUGCAGCUCAAGUCCUGCAGGUGCCACCACUGGUGCAGCUCUGCAACAAACCCAUGACGGAAAAUCUGACUGGGUUUUCUAAACAGGAGCAGCCAAGAUUAUCCGUCAACGACCAUUUGAAGGUUUCUCUCGAGUCCAUUGAGCGACUGUGGAUGGAUAAAGUUGGAUGUGAUGUAAUUCUGGAUGUGAAUGGCAGUCUUUUUCAUGCUCACAGAGUUAUCCUGGGAGCGUGCAGUGAGUACUUCCGUGGAAUGUUUACCUGUGGAAUGAGGGAAUCUAAUCAGGCAUGCAUUGCCCUUCCCUUCCUGUCAGCUUCUGACUUAGAGGCUCUGAUCUGUUGCUCCUACACAGGGAUUCUUCCUCUCAGCUGGGAUUGUGUUUUUGAGCUUACCUGCACGGCCCUCCAGCUUCAGUUCCAGCCUGCUCUCCUGCUUUGUUUCAACUUCAUGCAAGAUCAAAUGCAGGCUAGCUCCUGCCUGGAUGUGGCAUCUUUCGCUGAAGCAUACGGGAUGUCAGAGCUCCUUGAGGAAGCCAAUGACUUUGUACUGAGGAAUUUCAGGGAAGUGUCGGCCACAGAGAAGUUUCAGGACCUGUCGGCCGAGAAGCUUCUGGAGUUCCUUCGCUGUGAUGGUCUGUGCGUGCCCUCAGAGUUGGCCGCAUUUCGAGCGGUAAUCUCAUGGAUUGGGGCUGAUCCUGAAGAAAGACUUGCCCAGGCUCCUUCACUGAUGACCGGAGUUCGCUUUCCAUUGAUGACUUUUAGAGAGUUCAGGGAAGUCAGAGCCAUCAACUUGCGUAUGGAAUGCGUUGCAGACAAAGAAGUGGAACUCUACGGUUCCGCGCUUAAGGAAUUUGGUUUCGGUGUACCAAACUCUGAGGAUUGUUGUCGAGUCAGGCGACCCAGAAAUGUCCUAGCUGUGAUUGGUGGAGACCAGCUAAAUCAAGACGUGGGUCAACGUGUACCAAGCAGGGAGAUUUGGUUUGCUAACAGUCUACGCAAUGGCACAGGGUUGGUGAAAGACAUAGAGUGGAAGAGGCUUGGUGAGAUCCCAGAGAGGUCAAAGUUCAGACAUGGAGCGGCAGUAAUGGAUGGCAUGCUGUAUGUCGCUGGAGGAUGUUAUUUUUAUGCAAAGGAUGACAUCAUGAAUUCAGCCUACAGUUACGACCCCAUGAAGGAGCGCUGGAAGAGGCUGGCGGACAUGCAGGAGUCAAGAAGUAACUUCUCAGUGGUGGUGCAUGAGGAUCACCUUUAUGCUAUUGGGGGGGACAAAGAGCUCAACACCAACACCCACGCUGUGGAGAUGUACACACCAGAAACAGACACUUGGAGCUUCGUUCAGCCUCUGGACCAGGCUCUCAGUGGAUAUGGUGUCACAUCUAUAAAUGGAGCCAUUUUUAUUUCUGGAGGUUUCAACUGUAAGUACGUGUGUCUGGCUACCAUGUUCCUGUACCACCCAGAGAGAGGAGCCGUCUACCUGGCAGACAUGACCCAUGACCGAGCUCAACACUGCAUGGAAGCCCUGCAAGGACAUCUGUACGUGGCUGGUGGGGUGUGCAACUUCAGGGAGUUUUAUGCUGACCAGCCAGCCUGUGAGGUUUACGACCCAGUGGCAGACUCCUGGGCUAGUUUUGCGUCGCUGCCUGCUCCCCAUGUUGGUGCAGCCUCAGCCGUCCUGGAGGAUAAGAUCUAUGUACUGGGAGGAUACGCCCAGGAUGACUACAGCGAGUCUGGACUGGUGCACCGCUUUGAUCCCAGCGCACAGCGAUGGGAAAGUGUGGGCAAACUACCAGGAGCUGUUACUGACAUCAGGGCCUGUGUGCUCCACCUGCCCCAGCACUUCAGAGAAUAAAUGGUUAGUAAAAACCACAGAGCCCUAUAAAUGUGCACCAAUCAGAGAGCAUAGCUCCUGGAAUGAAAAGCCUCAGGGUGACAGAUGCCGAUUAUCUUGUUGCUGUAUUAAACCAACACAUUCUACUUUACAUUGGAUUUGACGCUGUAUCAUCACAAACCGCUGCUUUGUUUGAAAUAAAACUAGAAUUAAUCAUUGUUUUAUGGCGGUAUUUUUAGUCCUUCGUGACUGGGCUCUGUGUUUUUUGAAGAUCCACAAAUCCACUUGAGUCGGUGCAUGAUCAAAAACUUUACUAGUUUAGUUAUGAAAACAGUCCAGACUCUAGCAACAAAAAUAUUUUACAAGUAAUAUUUCAGGCCACUGCCCUCCC